CACCGCCAGCCAGAAUGAGCGCGACUCCUUCCUGCACACCAACAAGACGCACCAGGGAUCGAGACAGCACCGGCGCCAGCCAAUAUCAAUAAGUCGUGUGUUCAUCUGCAGUAUCUCUACACUUGUCGUUGGAGUGCUCGCAGGCUUCUUCGGGGCCCAGUGGGCAUCGACGACAAGGCCGCCUGACCGAGCCAAGAUCCUGCUGGAAGCCGGCAUCACGAACCCGGCCUCUCCGAUACCCCAGCAGGUCUUCACGAAUCGCAAAAAUGUGCCUUUCAUCCCACACAAGGAGUUCAUGGGCCCUUCCGCCGAGGCCGCGAGCAACUGGAAGAAGUUGACAGCUGGCUCCGACUCCAUCUACCUCUCCGACCCGUCCCGCUACGGACUCUCGGACCCAGGCAUCCGCGCCCCCUUCUUCACCUUCCACGACCCUCCCGCCCGCGCGGCGCUGGACUCUGCCAACCUGCACAACUUCUACGUCCUCAGCAACCUGCACUCCCUGCACUGCGUGCACAUGAUCCGCAUGCGGUACAACUCGCUCGUGUACGACGCGCCAAACACGGACCCGCUGGGCUCGAGCCCCAUCGACGUCGACUGGAUCGACCACAUGGAGCACUGCUUCGAGUACCUGCGCCUGAGCGCCACGUGCGGCGACCACAUGGUCUUUGAGAGCGACUCGCCGCCGGGGAGCCCCAAGAGCUACUGGGAGGGCGGGCUGAGCUGGGGGGUCGUGCAUAGCUGUAUUGAUUGGCAAGGGCUGAUGGAGUGGCAGGAGGACAUGGUGGUGGAGUACAACAAGACGUGGCAGCAGUAGUAGUUAGCAAGGGGAGGUUGUGGGAUAUAUAUAUAUAUCUAAGGCCCGUCUUGGUCAAGGCAGACUGGAAAAGUUCUGCUUGUGUUAUGAGUCUGCAGAUUCCACUCCAGGCGGCUGGGCGUCGUGCAAUGGCAAUCAAUG